AUGCACCUGUUCAGUGACAGGGGAACCCCUGCGUCGCUCCGGCAUAUGAAUGCCUAUAGUGGGCAUACAUACAAGUUUAUUAAAGAGGAUGGCUCGUUCAAGUACAUCAAGGUUCAUAUCAAAACCCAGCAGGGUAUCAAGAACUUCACCUGCGAGGAAGCUAAGAAGAUGGCCGGAGAGAAUCCGGAUUUUCUCCUGCAAGACUUGUUUGAUGCAAUCGAAAGCGGGAAUUAUCCUGUUUGGAAUGUCUAUGUUCAAGUCAUGGAUCCCAAGGAUGCUGAAAAUUACAAGUGGAAUAUCUUUGAUAUGACCAAAGUCUGGCCUCACCAGGACUAUCCACUCCGACAGAUUGGCAGACUGACCAUGAACCGCAAUCCCCAAAAUUACUUCACAGAUAUCGAACAGGCCGCGUUCUCGCCGUCGAACAUGGUCCCAGGUUUUGCACCUUCUGCCGAUCCAAUGCUCCAAGCUCGCAUGUUCGCUUAUCCAGACGCUGCCCGCUACCGACUUGGUACAAACUAUCAGAUGCUUCCCACCAACGCGCCCCAUGCUCCGGUAUACUGCCCCUUCCAGCGAGAUGGGUUUAUGAACUUCUCAUCCAACUACGGCGAUGACCCCAACUAUGUUGGCUCAUCGCUCCGACCUACAAAGUUUGCUACGAGCUCGGCGACCCAAACAAAGCCCGUUGCUAGUACUAUAACCGAACAUGAGAAGUGGGUCGGGGAAGUUUGCAGCUUUACCAGCACCAUUGAUGAUGCGGAUUUUGAGCAAGCUGCUGGGUUGUGGAAGGUCCUUGGCCGGGACCCAGGUCAUCAGGAUAGAUUUAUCAAAAACGCGGCUUCGACGGUUGAGGGUGUGGGAAGCAAAGAACUCCGUUCUAAGGUUUACGCCUUAUUCGGACGCGUCGAUCCGAAACUGGGUGCUCGUCUUGAAGCUGUGACUGAAGCAAAUAUCAAGAGCUCAUGA